AUGGACGUGAGCUUCCCGCGCGGCAAGAAGCCGUCGGCCGACGACGCCUCCAAGAAGCGCAAGAAGCCCGAAGACUCGGACGUCCUCUUCGGCAAGAAGGAGACGGCGGCGACCGACGCGCCCUCCAAGAAGAAGGUCCAUAAGCACAACAAGACCGAGGACGUCCCGGCCGCGCGCGCCGAGAAGGCCGCGACCGCCCAUUGCAUCACAUUCAAGAACCUCAAGGCCGGCACGCUGAUCAUGGGCGUGAUCCGCCAGGUCAACGAGGCCGACCUCGUCGUCUCGCUCCAGAACAACCUCAGCGGCUUUGUCGCGCUCAAGGAAACCUCGGACGAAUUGCACAAGGUCGUCAAGCCCGAAGGCGGCGAGCUCGCGGCCCGCUUCUACGUCGGUCAGUUCGUGCCCGCCAUCGUGCUCAAGUGCUCGAAAGAAGAGAAGGGCAAGCGCAUUGAACUCUCGCUCCGCGUCUCGCUCAUCAACAGCAACUUGAGCGCCCACCACAUUACGAAGGGCGCGUCGCUCUACGCGAGCGUCCAAAGCGUCGAAGACCACGGCGCCAUCAUGAACCUCGGCGUCCGCGGGUUCACUGGCUUUGUGCCCAAGAAGGACCUCCACGCGCCGAACGCGCUCCCGGAGCUCGUGCCCGGCCAGCUCUUCUUCUGCGCCGUCAACUUGAUCAACGAACACACGCACACGGCGACGCUCACGACUGAGAAGGCGGUCGUCGUCAAGACGGUGACGCGCGGCGACGCGUAUACCAUGUCGACGCUGUCCCUCGGCAUGCUAUUGAACGUGCGUAUCGACGAAGUCCUCGCGAACGGGCUCAGCGUCAACUUUCUCACGUUCUUUAACGGAACCGUCGAGUACAACCACAUGAGCAACCCGUGCCAGAAGAACUGGGCGGACGCCUUCAGCAAGGGCAUGAAGGGUCGCGCGCGCAUCACGGCCAUUGACGCGACCAACAAGACGAUUGUGCUCUCGAUGGCGCCGCACGUUGUGCAUCUGCAGACGCCCGAGUUUUCCGAAAACAUUGGCGACAUCAUCGAGAGCUGCGCGAUCCACCGGUUGGACGCCGGCAUCGGUAUGCUCGUGAGCCUCGGCGGCCUCACGACCACCGACAAGCUCUCGUGGAAGGACUUCCGCCCGGCGUUUGCGCACAUCUCGCGCGUCGCCGACUUUCGCGUCGAGAAGCUCGAGAAGCACUUCAAGGUCGACCAGGUGCUGCCCGGCCGCGUCGUCGGCUACUCGCUCUUUGACAGCGUUGUCAACGUGACGCUCGCACCCGCCGCGCUCAACAAGGCCGCGCUCCGCCUCGUGGACCUCGCUGCCGGCACGGUUGUGAAGGGCAAGGUCGUGAGUGUCGAGUCGUGGGGUAUCCUCGUCGACAUUUGCGACGGGAUUCGCGGCCUUGUCUCGGCCGCCCACGCGCCGACCGUCGCGCUCAAGAAGACCAUGUCCAAGUACAAGGUCGGCUACGCGAUCGAGUGCCGCGUGUUGAGUGUGGACGUGCCUGCCAAGAAGGUGCAUCUGACGCUCAAGAAGGGUCUCGUGAGCUCGGAGCUGCCGCCGCUCACGUCGUACCAGCAGGCGACGCCGGGCACGAUGGCGCACGGCUUUAUCACCAAGGUCGCCGAGUUUGGUCUUGUCAUUGGCUUUUACAACGGCGUGCACGGCCUUGUGCCGGCCGCGACGCUCUUCAAGGCCGGCGUCGAAGACAUUGCCGCGGCGUACACCACCGGCCAGGUCGUCAAGGCCUGCGUCGCCCGCUGCGACCCGAUCAAGAUGCGCAUGACGCUGACGUUCGACACGACGUCGACGGUAACGCGCGCGACCGCGUCCGGCGUCGCGACGUCGUCGUCGGAGCUCCCGGCCGGUGCGAUCGUGGACGUCAAGGUCAUUGAGGUCGACGAGAGCUUUGUCCGCGUCCAGACCACGGACGGCCUCGAAGGCGUCGUCGCCAACGCCCACUUGACGGACUUUCCGCGCGCCAUGAGCGCGUCCGUCUCGGUCGACGAUACAUUUUCGUGCAUGGUGCUCUUCCAGGCAAAGGACGGUCUCCUCCACUUGACCAAGAAGCCGCUGUUGCUCGCGGCGAAGGAGCAGAAGACGAUGCCGGCCCGCUUUGGCGACGUCAAGGAAGGCAUGGCGGUCACGGGCUUUGUGCGCGAGAUCCGCCCCUUUGGCGUCUUCGUGAGCUUCCUCAACAACCUCCAGGCGCUCGCGCCGAUCGCGUUCCUCACCGACCGCUUCGUCAGCAGCGCCGACGGGCUCUUUGAGAUUGGCGACACGGUCCACUGCUUUGUCGAGAAGGUCCACGCCGAGAAGCAGCAGUUUAUGCUCGACUUCCGCACGUUUGACAAGCCCCGUGUCAACGCCGACUAUGCCCCCGCGCUCUUUGCCGAGCACGCGGUCUCGCACGGCGCCGCGCAGCCGUGGAAGGCGCACCACGUCGGCCACACGGAAGCCGCCGAGUUUGUCUCGGCCAAGGCGUACGGGCACGUGUGCAGCCUCGCGGACGAGACGACGGUCAUUGUCACCGAGACGACCGGCCUCGACUGGAGCGAAAACCAGAAGGUCAACGUCCGCCUCAUCGACUACGACUUUGAAAAGCAAGUGUUUUACGCGACUGCGACGUCGGACCUCGUCAAGGCCGGCGAGAAGAAGGCGCGCAAGAAGGCGCUGCGCCUCGAAGCCAACGCCGUUGUCGACGCGACGAUCCUCCUCACGCGCGACGAGUAUGCGGUCGUGGCCGUCGAGUCGACGAUCGCGGUGUUGCAGGUCGCGUCCUUCUUUAGCCCGUCGUCGUCCUGCGCGUCGCUCGAGCUCGAGGCCGGCCAGGUGCACGCGUGCCGUGUCGCGGGCCACGUUCAGCAAAACCCGUUCGACGACCUCCCGGUGCUCGUCUUGGUUGCUUCCGAGAAGAAGGUGUCGAAGAAGAAGGCCAAGAAGACGGACCACGAACACUUGCCCAAGUACGCGGGGUCGGACCUCGUGCUCAGCGGCCUCGUCACGGGUCGCAUUGUCGGUAUCAAGGAGGACACGAUGGAGCUCAAGAUCAAGUGCUCCAAGAGCGCGGGCAAGGUCAACGCGUUCGUGUCGCUCGUCGACGUCGACAGCAACGGCGGCGCGCACCCUUUUGAUGCGUUCUCGACCAACACGGUCGUCACGGGCCGGAUCGUGAGCAUGGUCGAGAAGGGCGCCAACCAGCGCAAGCCCGUGGGUCCCGAGAACAUUGCGAACUUCCGCUCGCUCAACGUCUCGCUCCGCGCGGCCGACCAGUCGGGCGACGUGGCGGCGCGCGCCGACUGGGCGGGCGCCGGCCUCGAAGUCCUCGAGGCCGGUGAGAUGAUCCCCGGUGUCGUCGUCGAGACGGCCAAGGACGGCGUCAUGAUCCGCCUCAGCGCGCGCGUCGUCGGCUUUUGCCACGUGCUCGAGCUCUCGUCCGACAUCAAGGUCCUCGAGACGUUCACGCAGUCGUUUGCGGUCGGGACGCGCGUCAACUGCCGCGUUCUCUCGCUCGACGUGGAGAAGAAGCACAUUGAUCUUAGCUGCCUCGCGACCGCGCGCGAGACCAACGUCGGCGACGUGGUCCUCGGCCGCAUCAACACGAACGUUAAGGCGCUCGCGGCGCCGUCCAUCAUGGUGCAGCUUGGCGCCCACGCCUUUGGUCGCGUCUGUGUGACCGAAGUCGUCGACACGCCGACGUCGCUGCCGUUGGCGACGCUCGAACACGGCGCGUUCGUUCACGCCGUCGUGCUCUCGAACGACAAGCACGUGAUGGAGGUGUCGCUCAAGCCGUCGGCGGUCGCGGACCCGGCGUCGUACGUGGCGCUGGAUGCGGCGCUCGCGGCCAAGGUCCCGGCGCUCGGUGACCUCGUCACGGGCUACGUCGCGACCGUCGGUUCGGGCGGCUGCUUUGUGCGUUCGCACCGCUCGCGCACGGCGCGUGUGCUCCUCCGUGAGCUCAGCGAUGACUUUGUCAAGGAGCCCGCCAAGCAGUUCCCUGCCGGCACGCUCGUGGUCGGUCGCGUGACCAAGGUCGAGAACGACAAGGUCGAGUUGAGUCUCAAGGCGUCGGUGGUCACGGAAGGUGCCGGCGGGUCGUCGUCCGUGACGCUCGAGUCGCUCAGCGUCGGCAUGAACGUCAAGGGCACCAUCUCGAGUGUCCAGACGUACGGCGUCUUUAUCAAAAUUGAAAACUCGACGCUCAGCGGCCUCUGCCACAUCUCCGAAGUCGCCGACUCGAAGGUCAAGUCGCUCGACGGCGUCUUCUCGGCCGGCGACUAUGUCAAGGCCAAGGUGCUCAAGAUUGAGAACCGCCGCAUCUCGCUCGGCUUGAAGCCGUCGUACUUUGCGGACGACGAGAGCUCGUCCAGCGAAGACGAUGACUCGUCGGACGACGAAGACGACGAGGAAGAGAAGGAAGACGUCGACAUGGAAGCCGCCGACAGCGACGACGAGAACGACGAGGAAGAGGAAGCGGAGAAGGAAGAUGUUGACAUGGAAGCUGCCGACAGCGACGACGACGAAGACGAAGAUGAGGACGAGGACGAAGCGCCCAAGGCGGCGCCGUACGCGGACUUUGCCUGGGACGGCUUCUCGAUCGAGAAGAGCGACAAGCCCGCGGCCGACGACGAGGACGAAGACGACGAAGCCAGCGCGACGGACGCGGUCUCCAAGGCCAAGGCCAAGCGCAUGAAGAAGGCGGCCAAGGAGAACGAGGACAUGUAUGUCGCGUACCGGGAGCGCGCGCUCGCGGCCGGCGAGACGGUGCCCGAGUCGGCCGACGAUUUCGAGCGUCUCCUCGCGGUCUCGCCGCUCAACUCGUUCCUGUGGAUCCAGUACAUGGCGUUCCACGUGUCGAUGACGGACAUUGCCGCCGCCCGUGACGUGGCGGUCCGUGCGACGACCAAGGUGACGUUCCGCGAGGCCCAGGAGAAGCUCAACGUGUGGGUUGCGUACCUCAACUUGGAGCAUGACCACGGCGAUGAAAGCUCGUUUGGCCGCGUCUUCAACUCUGCGCUCCGCGCCAACAACCCCAAGCACAUGUACCUCAAGCUCAUUGAGCUCUACGUGCGCCACGAGCAAGCGGACGAUGUCCACGCGUCGCUCAAGACGAUGCAAAAGAAGUUCAACACGAGCGCCAAGGUCUGGCUCCGCUCGUGCGAGUGGGCGAUGCAGGAGGGCACGCCGGACGUGGCCCGCAAGGUGCUCCAGCGCUCGAUGCAGUCGCUCCCCAAGCACAAGCACCUCAAGGUCCUCACCAAGUUUGCGCUCAUGCAGUACGACUAUGGCGAGAUCGAGCACGGCCGGUCGAUGUUUGAGCAGAUCCUGAGCAACUUCGCCAAGAAGAUGGACCUCUGGAACGUGUACCUCGACCGCGAAAUCAAGUUUGGCGAGCUCGCGAGCACCCGCCUCCUCUUUGAGCGCGUCGUCUCGAUGGCCCUCUCGGCCAAGAAGAUGAAGGCCAUCUUCAAGAAGUACCUCACGUUCGAGAUGGACCACGGCGACGAGGCCGGCGUCGCGCACGUCAAGGAGCUUGCGGCCGCGUACGUCGAGUCGUCGGCCGCGUAA